UAGGUCUUCUUUCAUAUCAAGAGCAGUGUCCACUGUCCACCUAAAACAUAUGUUGUUGGGUUCAUCAGUUAAAAUAAAGAGCUUGAGUAAAUAACCUGACACCUUUUUAAGUUAAACCAAACGGCCCCAUUAAUUUGUACUGCACGCAUAUGAUUCUUCAAUAAAAAGUUGCAGAUAUUUACUUAAGUCAUAAAAUUCCAAGUCAAUUAUAUUUUGGUGUAGAAUUUGUGAUGAAUGACUAGCAUCUGAAUACAGUUUCUUCUAAUAAUCGACUACAGAUUAUAUAUACAGUUAUGGAUCUAAAUACUUUGUACGAUGCUGCCAUUGCCGGAGAUGCUCAUGCGAUUGCUCAAUUAGAGUUGAAAGCUGAUAGACUGGACAAAGAUCAAAGAACAAUCCUUCACAUUGAAUCCAUAAAUGGAAAUGCAGAUCGUGUGCGAUUCAUUUUGAAGCAGUUUGCACACAAAAACCUUUUGGUGGAGCUGGAAAAUCAAUAAAAGACUCCUCUUACAUGGGCGGCAUAUUUUGGACACACCCAAGUGGCUGAGCUCCUCAUUGAUGCAGCUAGACAUCUGCAGUACUCUUCAUCUGCUAAUUAUAAUCCAUUUACUUCUUUUCAAGCUUUCCUUAGACAUGCUGAUUCAUGUUCUAACACUGCCUUACAUUUAGCCGCUGAGAGGGGUCAUGCUUCUGUCGUCAAGCUAUUAGUAGAGGCCGAUCCAAGUGAUGCAUAUCUUCCAAACAUACUGGGUAAAUUACCGCUCUACUUGGCUGCCGAAGAAGGGUACAACGAUGUAGUAGAGAUACUCUGUACAACUUGCACCGCCACAUCGUUGGACGGUCCUGGCGGUAGGAGUACUGCUUUACAUGCUGCUUUAUAUCCUGCAUUUCAGAAAGCCCACAGAGUCAAGGAAAAACAAGAAGAUAUGAUCAGCAUGAUCAUCAAUGUAGCCAGACGUUCGAGUACUCAGGAUGUACCACAUCUAAGCUUUGAAGCUCUGUUUAAUAAAACUGAUGAGUCCGGAUGCACGGUCUUGGAACUGGCAGUAAAGGGUAAUCACGUGAACGUGGUUGAACUGUUACUAGAAGAAGAUCCGGCCUAUCAACAUGGUCCUGGAAGUAAAUCAGAAAGUCUUCUCCCUUUAAUCGACAGAGCCAUGGAUAAGGAGUAUAUCGAUAUUGUCAAAAUUCUUUCUAAACCUUACGAAGCUGGUGGUCACAAAGGCGCGGUUGCUUUGAUUCUUGCUAUUAAAAGGCGUGAUAAAGUGUCUGUAUUGCAUUUGUUGGGAGAAAACAAGCACCUAGCAAGCUUUGUGGACCAUCAAGGCUGGACACCACUUCACCACGCCGCCUAUUAUGAAUUUGAUUCUAUACUUGAUGUCAUAAUAACAGCACUAAAAGAUGUUGGAUACCAAUUUGUAUAUGAAGAUAUGAUAACACCAUUUCAUUUAGCGGCCGAGGGUGGAUAUACAUCUACAGUUAUACGCCUUAUGCAAAUGUGGCCGGUUUCAUCUUCUGAAUACACCGCUGUUAACAAGAGUGGUCAAAACAUACUACAUUUGGCGGCAACCAAAAACAAAAAAGAGAUGAUACAAGGUAUUUUGAAGUAUUGUCCUGAACAAUAUAAGGAGAAGAUAUUGAACGAGCAAGAUGAUAAUGGCGAUACACCUGUCCACAUACUUGUUUCCCGUGGUUGCUACAUCCCCGAAGUUAUAAAUCAUAAAGGGAUUAAUACAAGGGUAAAAAAUAACCAAAAUUGGAAUUCUCAUGACAUGUUAUAUCUUGAAGAUGAAAUUAUUGCCGAUCAGGUACAAAUAAAACUUAUACUUGACUAUGUCCAGACUGAUUGGAAGAUGGAUAUAUGGGAAAGUUUAGUGCUCCCAAGUAAAAGACAGAGAAAGGAUAUGAUGUUUAAUAAAGCUACUACAUUAUUCAUAAAUGAAAGGGAUGCACGGAUGAAAGCAGAUCUAGAAAGGUAUAGAAAUACUCGUGCUGUUGCCCAUUGGUUUACAGAUGCAAUUGCUGGAGAUGCUAAUGCCAGAGCUGCACUGGAUAUGGAAGCCGAAAGACUGAACGAAGAUGGAGAAACUAUCCUUCACGUUGAAUCCAAGAGAGGAGACACAGAACGCGUGCGAUUCAUUGUGACAGAAUUUUCAAACAAAGACCUAUUGGUCAAGCAGGAUAAAUUAAAACAAACUGCACUUCACCUUGCAGCACAUCAUGGACACACUCAAGUGGUUGAGGUCCUCAUUGAUGCCGCCAGACGACAUUUGCCUUCUUCUUCAGCACGUGAUGAUACCCAUAACCCAUUUAGUGCUUUUAAAGCUUUUAUUAGGCUAGCUACUAGUCCAAAGCAGAACACUGCCUUACAUGUAGCAGUGCUUAACGGUAACGUGGCGAUUGUCAAGCUCUUAGUAGAAGCGGAUCCAAGUGAUAGACAUAUCCAAAAUUAUGAAGGCAAAACUCCAAUCUACAUAGCUGCGGAAAAAGGGUACAUGGGUAUAAUAAAGGAGAUUUGUACAACUUGCACAGCACAGUGUCUGGAGGGUCCUGGUGGCGGCGCCAGUGCUUUGCAUGCUCUUAUUAAGAAUAUGCAAGCGACGGAAGAAUGGAAAGAUGCGGUUGGGAUGAUUAUUGAUGCAUUCAAACAUUGGACUAGUGAGGAGGAUGCAUUAUUUAAUAGCACUGAUGAGUUCGGAAACACUGUCUUGCAACUGGCGGUGGAGAGAAACAAUGUGGGGGUUGUUAAACUAUUAUUAGAAGAGGAUCCUGCCUAUCAAAAUUGUCGUGGAAGCAAAAAACAUGGCCUUAUGCGUUUAAUCUACAAGGCCAUCGACAAUGAGUAUAGUACGGAUAUUGUCAAAUUGCUGUCUGAAACUUAUGAAGCUGGAAUUAACCCUGAUCAUAAAGGUGUGCUCACUUUGAUUCUUGCAAUUAAAAGACGCGAUAAAGACUCUGUAUUAGGUCUCUUGAAAGGGAGAAAACACCUUGUAACUUUUUCUGAAGCAGAAGGUUGGACUCCACUUCACUAUGCUGCUUAUCAUGAAUUUGUUUCAAUACUUGGUCCACUAAUUGAAGCACAAAAGGAUGUUGGAUAUCAAUUUGUGUACCGAGAUAUGGUAUCAACACCGUUUCAUGUAGCAGUUGAGCAUGGAUAUACUUCUACAGUUAUACAACUUGUGAAAUUGUGGCCAUCUACAUCGUCUGCAUACACAGCUGUUAACAAAGAUAGUCAAAAUAUACUACAUUUGGCAGCAGCUAAAAAUAAUAAAAAUAUGGUACAAGGUAUUCUAAAACAUUGUCCCCAAAAAUACAAGGACCAGCUUUUACAACAGCAAGAUGUCAAUGGUGAUACACCUCUCCAUCUACUUAUCUCUAAUGGUUGUUUCGUACCAGAACUUAUUGAACAUAAGGGACUUAAUACAAUGGUAAAAAAUAAGAAAAGUUGGACUCCUAGGGACAUGCUGUAUUCUAAAGAUGAUAUCAUUGCGGAGCAGGUGAAAAUUAAAAUUGCACUUGAUGAUGUGCAGUCUAAUUCGUCCAGAAAAUUUUGGCGUAAAAGCAUGAAGAAGGAUACGGAUAUCUUAGAAAGUUCAGUGCUUCCAAGUAAAAGAGAGAAAAAGGAUUUCAUUUUUGAUAAAUAUACAAAAAUAUUGAUCGAUGAAAAGAAUGCACAGAUGAAAAAAGAUGAAAAAAGAUCUGGAAAGGUACAAAAAGAGGACCAACACCCAGAUAGUAGUUAGUGCACUAAUAACUACAGUCACUUUCACCGUAGGAUUUACCAUGCCGGGUGGUCUACAUCAAAGUGGAGAGGUUGAUGAAGGAUUGGUAAUUCUCUCUAAAAAGACUGCAUUAAAUGCAUUUAUGGUAUCAGAUGCACUGGCUUUGCUACUAUCAACAUGUUCUUUGUUUCUCUACUUUCUUGAAUCUAUGUACGAAGAUCCCCAUCAAGUGUCCAAAUUAAAUGCUGCAUCAACUGGGCUCAACAUUGUUUCCGUCAUGGCAAUGAUGUUGACUUUCAUUACUGGAACGUAUGUGGUGUUAUCUCACUCACUGGCCAUCGCCAUUACCGUUUGCCUCAUUGGUUCCUUCUUCUUUCUUUUCGUCAUUGUUCUAUUGAUCAAGAUGAUAUAUGACCGUCAAGUGAAGAGGAAUGCGGAUUGAAUAUGCAUGCCUGUCAUUAUAUAUUUCUUUAAAACUUUAAUAUGGUAUUUUUCAUGAUUACAAAGUCAACAGCAUCCUUAUAUGCAGAAAGGAGGGCUUCCCUUUUUAUCGCAGAUGCCAAUAUUUAUUUGCGUUUUUUGAUGAAAUUAUGUGUGGAAAUAUUGUGGUAGUGAUGGGAAUGUAUUCUUACUUAUUAUAUCAGAGUUUUCAUACUUGUAACCAA